AUGGACGACUCAAUGGCAGAGUCCGACUUUGCCAUGGAUGCCAGCAGUGACUUUGAACUCCCCAAGAAGGCUCCUGCUAAGAAGGCUCCUGCAAAGAAGGCAGCAGCUGCACCCAAACCCAAGGCAGCCCCCAAGAGACAAACCACUCUCAAGACGACCAAACCAGCCACAAAGACGAAAAAGCCGCCGACACCAGUAAGCGACGACGAGAACUCGGACGCCGACAUUCACAUCGACAACGACGACGACGACAGUCUACUCGCAGACACUCCUCCCAAGAAGGCCGCCCCCAAGAAAGCUCCUGCGAAGAAGGCUGCCGCAAAGCCGCUACAAGAGAUCGACAACGAGAGUUUCACAGCCGAAGGCGCAGACAUGGACGCCUCCGACAACGAUAAGAUGGUCCAGCCCAAGCCCAAGAAGGGCAGCGCCACCUCGCAAUACCAGAAACUCACUCAGCUCGAGCACAUCAUCAAGCGUCCCGACACAUACAUCGGUUCCGUCGAACGCCUUGAGAAGCAAAUGUGGGUCUACAACUCCGAGAAUGAAGCCAUCGAGAGCCGCGAGAUCAGCUACGUACCCGGUCUGUACAAGAUUUUCGACGAAAUUCUGGUCAACGCCGCCGACAACAAACAGCGCGACAAGAACAUGAACGAGAUCAAGGUCUGGAUUGAUCGCGAGAAGGGCGAGAUCGCUGUGCGCAACAAUGGUCGUGGUAUUCCUCAAAAAGUCACUGGUGGAAGAAACGGUUACGGUGCAAAGCUUUGUAACGUCUUCAGUACAAAAUUCAUCCUCGAGACGGUCGACUCAAAACAAGGCAAGAAGUACUCUCAGACAUGGCACGACAACAUGACAAAGAAGGACAAGGCCAAAAUCACCUCGGUCAAGACCGACGACUACACCAAAAUCACCUUUUACCCAGACUUCUCAAAGUUCAACAUGGACAAGAUGGACGAUGAUUUCGAGGCUCUGGCCAAGCGCCGUGUUUACGACAUGGCUGGAACUUGUCCUGGUGUCAAGGUCUUCCUGAAUGAUACGCGUAUCAAGAUCAACAAGUUCAAGCAGUAUAUGGAGAUGUACACCAAGGCCAUCAAGACCGAGAGCUUGAUCAAUGAGGGAGUCAACAACCAAGUUAUCCUGACUGACAACCCCAAUGAGCGAUGGGAAGUCGGUUUCGCUGUUUCCGAUGGCUCUUUCCAGCAAGUCUCUUUCGUCAACUCAAUCGCUACCACUUCUGGAGGUACACAUGUCAACUAUGUCGCCGACCAGAUUGUCAACAAGCUGCUCGAGAUCGUGAAGAAGAAGAACAAGGGUGGAGUGGCGCUCAAGCCUGCUCAGAUUCCCUUCAACUCUCAAACCAAGGAGCAACUUACAACAAAGUCUUCGCAAUUUGGUAGCAAGUGUGUGCUUAGCGACAAGUUCCUCAAGGAUAUCGCCAAGACAGAAGCCGUCAACAACAUCAUGCACUUCGCCCAGCAAAAGGCCGAUCAGGUUCUGAAGAAGUCAGACGGAAACCGCCGUACUCGCAUGAGCAACACCAAGCUUACAGACGCCAACAAGGCCGGUACCAAGGACGGUUACAAGUGUACUCUGAUCUUGACAGAAGGUGACUCGGCCGCCAUGCUUGCCCUUGCAGGUCGUGCUGUGGUCAACCAGGAUCUUUUCGGUGUCUUCCCUCUGCGUGGUAAAAUGUUGAACGUACGCGAUGCAUCUAUCGACCAAAUCUCGAAGAACCAGGAAAUCCAAAACAUCAAGCAGUUUAUGGGAUUGCAGCACAAGAAGGAGUACACCGACACCAAGAGUCUUCGCUAUGGCCACUUGAUGAUCAUGACCGAUCAGGAUCACGAUGGCAGUCACAUCAAGGGUCUCCUGAUUAACUUCCUCCAAGUCCAAUUCCCCAGCUUGCUCAAGAUCCCCGGAUUUCUUCUGGAGUUCAUCACACCUAUCGUCAAGGUCUACAAGGGUGAUCCGAAGUUCCCCAAGGCAAAGAAGGACUUCUUCACAAUCCCCGAGUAUGAGGCAUGGAAACAAGAGCCCGGUCAUGACAGGGGUUGGGAACACAAGUACCUGAAGGGUCUGGGUACUUCAGAUACCAGAGAUGCCGAGAUCUACUUUAGUGAUCUAGACAAGCAUCUCAAGGAGUUCCACACCAUGCAAGAGCACGAGAAGCAGUUGAUCGACUUGGCUUUCAGCAAGAAAAAGGCUGAUGACCGCAAGAUGUGGCUCCAAAACUUUGUUCCUGGAACGUAUCUCGACAUGUCUGGCAAGGAGAAGAUUACCUACGACGACUUUAUCAACAAGGAACUCAUUCUCUUCAGUAUGGCUGACAAUUUCCGUUCCAUUCCUUCCCUGGUUGAUGGUUUCAAGCCCGGUCAGCGCAAGAUCUUGUACACAGCUCUUCGAAGGAAUAUGAAGAAGGAUGUCAAGGUCGUUGAGUUUGCUGGUUCAGUUUCAGGUUUGACCGCAUACUCAUACGGUGAAGCAUCUUUGCAGCAAACCAUCAUUGGUCUUGCUCAGACUUUUGUUGGAUCGAACAAUAUCAACAUUCUCGAACCCAGUGGCAACUUUGGUAGUCGUCUUCAAGGUGGUAGCGAUGCAGCCAGCGCUCGUUACAUUUACACCCGCCUGUCUCCUUUCGCUCGUCGCAUUUUCAAUGCCCACGAUGAGCCCCUUCUCACAUACAAUACCGAUGAUGGCAAGACCAUUGAGCCGGAAACAUACAUUCCCAUCGUCCCUAUGGUGCUAGUCAACGGUGCUGAUGGUAUCGGUACUGGUUGGUCCACUUCUAUUCCCAACUACAACCCUGUAGACGUUAUCGAGAACAUCAAACGCAGAAUGGCAGGAAGCUCAAAGACAGACAUGAAGCCCAUGCAGCCUUGGUUCCGUGGCUGGACGGGAGAUGUCGAAGAUAUCGGCAACGGUCGCUUCAAGUUCACUGGUACGAUUGAGCACAAGGACAACAACACGGUCGAGGUCACUGAAUUGCCUGUCCGCUUCUGGACUCAGGACUUCAAGGCCCAUCUCGAAGAAAUCAUCAAGGCCGAGAAGACUCCUUCGUUCAUCAAGGAUUACAGCGAGUACAACACACCUGAGAAGGUUCACUUCAUCAUCACGCUCGAUGACAAGGGUAUGAAGGUGGCACUCGACAAGGGUCUGGAAGACCAAUUCAAGCUCAGUAGAACCAUGGCAACCACCAAUUUGGUCGCAUUCGAUGGUCAGGGCCGCAUCCACAAAUACGAGACUCCUCUCGAUAUCAUGGAAGAGUUCUACCACAUUCGUCUUGCAUUCUACGAGAAGAGAAAGCAGUACCUUCUCAAUGAGAUGCAGAAGGAGCUUGACAAGCUGAGCAAUCAGUCUCGUUUCGUCCAGAUGAUCAUCGACGGAAAACUCAUUGUUUCCAAGAAGAAGAAGUCUGUUCUUGUUACCGAGCUCCACAAGCUCAACUUCAAGCCCAUCCCCAAGCUUGCCGAUGCCAAGAAGCAGGGUGAGUUCGAAGAAAUUGUUGAGGAAGAGGAUGAGGAUGCUGCACCUGGCGCAAAUGACUUUGACUACCUUCUUGGUAUGGCCAUUUGGUCUUUGACCCAAGAACGUGUCGAGAAGUUGCUCAAGCAGAUUGGCGACAAGGAGGCCGAGGUUGAUGCCCUUAUCAAGCUUUCACCUAGGGAUCUCUGGACCACGGACUUGGAUGAGCUUCUCGAGGAGUGGCACACUCAAUUAGAGCUUGAGGAGACGCGUGCGAAGAAGUCGAAGGGCAGAGGCCGUCGCACUUCUCACAAGCUCGGUCUUUUGGGCAACAGCAAGAAGCGCAAGUCAGACGAUAGCGACGAUGACGACGAUGAUGACUUCGUUGUUUCUAAGAAACCGAAAACCGCCGCCAAAUCAUCUGCUGCUUCGAAGACUGCUCCUGCGGCGAGGUCCAAGGUUUCGAAGGGAGCAACAAGCCUGCUUGAUAACUUCCUCACCAGACCGGCCACCACCAAGCCACCUGGUGUGUUCCCUGUCGUUGAUGGAAUUGAACAACAGCCUGUUGAACAACCUCCAGCAGUCAAGGCAGGUCUUAUCGCACCUUCAGACAUCACCAAGCCGUUGGUGAAGAGGAAGAUGACCAAGAUUGAAGACUCUGACGACGACAUUGAGAUGGUGUCUGAGCCAGUUGCCAAAGCACCAGUCAGGAGGAUUAAGACUUCUCUAGACACCGAUGACGAGGAGGAAGUCAGACCAGCUGUCAAGGCCGCUGCAAAGCCCGCUGCUAAGCCUGCACCCAAGAAGAAACCCGUCAUCGAGUCUGACUCGGGGGAUGAUGAUGUCGAAAUGUUUGAUGCUGCAAAGAUGAAGCCCGCAGCUCAGCCUGCUACUACAUCUCGUGCUGGACGUGCUGCUACAAAGAAGCCUGUCAAGUAUGCUGCCGAUUCAGACGAGGACAUGUCUGACGACGAUCUUGGCGAUAUCAGUAAAAUGGUCAAGGAGAUUCCCAGCGCAGUAGCUGGUCGCUCUCUUCUCAGCAAUUCCGCUCAUCGUACUGGUGCAAGCCACAGCAUCAAAUCUUCGCAUGCUAGAAAGGAGAGUGUUGAGCCCGUGGAUGACACAGACUGGGCAGAACUGGCCAAGGGCACACCUGCCAAACCUAUUGCUCAAGCGACGGCCGCAACAAACUUCUCGGACGAUGAAGACGCAAACAUGGAUGACGACAGCAUUCUUCUCUCGACGCGCAAGCCGCAACCCCUAAAGACGAUCUCCAAGACUGCAACAAAGCCCACUGCUUCCACCACUGCGAAGGCCAAGAAGCCAGCAGUGGCACCAGCAAAGACACUCUCUCCCGCAGCAAAGGCAUACGCAGCAAAACACCGCCAAAGCAUCAGCUGCAUCUCGCAAAAGACUGCUUUGGACAGUGAAGACGAGGACGACGAUCUUGCCAACGAUAUCUUGAGCGAUGACGAUGAAGACAUGCCAUCUCCUGCUGCCCCUGCUGCAGCCAGACCUUCGAGAAGAGCUGCUGCUGCCAAACCCAAGGCGAAGUAUGUCCUUGACGAUGAAGAUGAGGAGAGCGAAGAAGACGAUUUCGAGGAGGAGGAAGAUGAGGAAGAGGAGACGUUCAAUGAUGAUAGCGAGUAA